UCUUUAGGCUACAGCCUAGCCUGUUGACCAGUGUCUGAGAACAGCUGACUUACAAGGGAACUCGUUUGAGUUUCCUAAAGAAUGUUACAUUGAGCAAGACGACGAAGCCCAAACGUAUCGCGAUCCAAAGUUUAGGUAUAAGAUCAAGCAUACCAUUAGUUCAUGAGAUAGGUCGUGACAACGGGAUUUAAAAAAAAUAUUAAUUUAUUUUAUUUCCCACGGAGUCAGUCGGAGCUCUCAGCACUGAGGCGCGCUCAGUCCGCGAUUAAGACAGAUAGAGAUCAGACGCUCUGGCACUUCACAAUUCUCAGCGUAGACUAUCCGUUAACACCACAAGACAUUCUCCAGCGGCAUUUCGUAAUAGACAGAUCCGUUUUUCCUUUAUCUUAGACGUCUUGUCUAACUUAUUGCGUGGUCCGAAUGUGCAAAACUGUGCAGAAUUCUUACCUGACGGUAGGCUAUUGUGCGCUAUUAUAUGAUCGGCUGGUAAAAAUGUGUGAACACAUUUGAUGAGCUUGUGGACUCUGUGUUAAAGUUAGCAGUGUUCGUUCUUUGUGCUCAUAAAAUGCACAAAGACCCUUUUCAUGACACCGGGCCCCUUUUUCAGUACCAAGGACAGAUCCAUUUCUUGGCAGCACCUGGAAGACUCUUCAAGAGCUUUGACUUGUUGACUUCUUUCGGGAUACAUGCAUUCUGAGGCAACGCCAUCAGACUACUAACCACAGAAAAGUUGUACUUUUAAUGAGUUGUUCCAGACCUGCUGGAUGCGAAGACUGAAGUUUAACAUUUCUCUGGAUUCUAAUACCCUAUUUCAGGUGCAAAGCAAAGCAAACAAACAUGGAUGUUCUCCCACUUGAAGACCAGACCAACAUUCAGGCAUAAGAGGAAAGACAAGAUACGGCAAUUAGUAAUCAGGCACUCGCUCACUCAAGUAGACCGAGCAUGGCAGUGUGGAGAGAAGACAACCUCUCCGGACCACUCAGGUCAUCGUCCAGGGCCCCCUGCUGGUGGCUCCUCCAGCUCCUGUUCCUCGUCCUCGUCCUGCUGGUCCCCGACGCGCUGCCCAGCCCCAGGCUCACCCCGGCCGAGAGCAGCGCCAAGCGGGAGAUCAUCGUCAAGGGCGACGUGGUGAUCGGGGCCCUGUUCCCGGUGCACGAGAAGGGCGACGGCUCGGAGGACUGUGGCAAGAUCAACGAGCACCGCGGCAUCCAGCGGCUGGAGGCCAUGCUGCUGGCGCUGGACGAGAUCAACCAGGACAGCCGGCUGCUGCCGGGACUCACGCUGGGCGCCCACAUCCUGGACACCUGCUCCAAGGAUACCUACGCGCUGGAGCAGUCGCUGGAGUUCGUGCGCGCCUCGCUCACCAAGGUGCACGAGACGGGGUUCAUCUGCCCCGACGGCACCACGCCGCAGAAGGACGACCUUUUGGCCAUCUCUGGGGUCAUUGGAGGCUCCUACAGCGAUGUCUCCAUCCAGGUGGCCAACUUACUGCGUCUCUUCCAGAUCCCCCAGAUCAGCUAUGCCUCCACUAGUGCAAAGCUGAGCGACAAAUCCCGCUACGACUACUUCGCCCGCACCGUUCCCCCCGACUUCUACCAGGCCAAGGCCAUGGCGGAGAUCCUGCGCUACUUCAACUGGACCUACGUGUCCACUGUGGCGUCCGAGGGCGACUACGGGGAGACGGGCAUCGACGCCUUCCAGCAGGAGGCUCGGGCCCUGCAGAUCUGCAUCGCCACCUCGGUGAAGGUGAGCCGCUCCAUGAACCGCUACGGCUUCGAGAACGUGAUCCGCUCGCUGCAGCACAAGGGCAACGCCAAGGUGGUGAUCAUGUUCACGCGCAGCGAGGACGCCCGGGAGCUGCUGGUGGCGGCCAUGCGCAUGAACGCCACCUUCGUGUGGGUGGCCAGCGACGGCUGGGGCGCGCAGGACAGCGUGGUGCGCGGCAGCGAGGCAGUGGCCGACGGCGCCUUCACCAUCGAGCUGGCGUCCUACCCCAUCCGCGAGUUCGCCGACUACUUCACCAAGCUCACGCCGCACGGCAACAAGCGCAACCCCUGGUUCCGGGAGUUCUGGGAGCACCGCUUCGGCUGCAGGCUGACCGAGCCGGGCUGCGCCAUGCGGAGCCUGCGGGACGGGGCCUUCCAGCAGGAGUCCAAGAUCAUGUUCGUGGUGAACGCGGUGUACGCCAUGGCCCACGCACUGCAUAACAUGCGGCAGGCCGUCUGCCCCAACACCACUGGACUGUGUGACGCCAUGAAGCCCGGCACCGGGAAAAGGUUUUACCGGGAUUUCAUCCUCAAGACCAAGUUUGAUGCCCCUUUCAGACCAGCUGACACAGAGAACGUUGUCCGCUUCACCGCCACUGGAGACAGCCUGGGCCGCUACAACAUCUUCCACUACCACCAGGAGGGCGGCAAGUACGUCUACCGGAAGGUGGGCUACUGGGCACAGAACCUGGUGCUGAACACCAGCCAGGUGCCAUGGGCCAAUGGCGUGAUUCCCACCUCGCAGUGCAGUGAUCCGUGCCAACCCAACGAGGCCAAGAGCAUGCAGCCGGGCGACGUAUGCUGCUGGAUCUGCAUUCCGUGCCAGGCCCACCAGUACCUGCUGGACGAGUUCACCUGCGAGGACUGCGGCUUCGGCGAGUGGCCCCUGGCCAACCUGACCGGCUGCUUCGAGCUGCCCGAGGAGUACAUCCGCUGGUCGGACGCCUGGGCCAUCGGGCCGGUGACCAUCUCCUGCCUGGGGAUGCUCUGCACCAUGGCAGUGGCCGGCGUCUUCUUGAAGAACAACAACACGCCGGUGGUCAAGGCGUCGGGCCGCGAGCUCUCCUACAUCCUGCUGCUGGGCGUGUGGCUGUGCUACGCCGUGACAUUCAUCUACAUCGCCAAGCCGUCGGCGGCCGUGUGCACGCUGCGGCGCUUGGGCCUGGGCACGUCCUUCGCCGUCUGCUACUCGGCGCUGCUGACCAAGACCAACCGCAUCGCGCGCAUCUUCGGCGGCGUGCGAGAAGGCGGCGCCCAGCGGCCACGCUUCAUCAGCCCGGCCUCGCAGGUGGUCAUCUGCGCCGCGCUCAUCUCCUGCCAGCUGAUGGUGGCCGUGGGCUGGCUGAUCAUCGAGGCGCCCGGCGUGCGCAAGGAGGUGGCGCCCGAGCGCCGCGACGUGGUCACGCUCAAGUGCAACAGCAAGGACUCCAGCAUGCUGGCCUCGCUAGCCUACAACUGCGUGCUCAUCAUCCUCUGCACCGUCUACGCCUUCAAGACCCGCAAAUGCCCCGAGAACUUCAACGAGGCCAAGUUCAUUGGCUUCACCAUGUACACCACCUGCAUCAUCUGGCUGGCCUUCCAGCCCAUCUUCUACGUCACGGCCAGCGACUACAGGGUGCAGACCACCACCAUGUGCAUCUCGGUCAGCCUGAGUGGCUCGGUGGUGCUAGGCUGCCUCUUCGCCCCCAAGGUCCACAUCAUCCUCUUUCAGCCGCAGAAGAACGUGGCCAGCAUUAGGUCCAAGGUCAUCAAGGUCAACACUACUGGCUCCAACUACUCCCAAGCUUCCGCCUCGACCCCCGUGCCGACCGUUUGUAACGGGAGGGAAGUAGUGGACUCCACCACAUCUUCCCUGUGAGCCAGAGAGUAGGACAGAGUGGUGUGUGCACACACACACACACACACACACACACGCACACGCACACGCACACACACACACACAUACACACACAGAACCGUCUUCUGAUGGAUGGCUUGCUGCGUGGAUGCAUGUGGAAGCCUGAAGUUUGAAGACACCCUGUGUUUGGAGAGGGCGCCGAGCAGCUCACCACUCUCUCUCUCUCUCGAAGACUUGCACGCCAGAAUAAAGCUAUGGAGACAGCAAGCCUGUCGCUACUAAGUAGGCUACUAAGACAGCAGCUAUCAAUGUGACUAUAAUGGACUAAAUACUAAGGUACAGCCCUAACGUGUAGUUUUGACAUGUACUUUUUUGUGAAACACUGGGUUACACAAACUUGAAAAAGAGAAUAUUCAGUGAAAAAUAAAACACUAUUUAGGUUGUUUAGAUUCUGCUGGCUUCAUGUAAAGUCUUAUUCUAUAAUGAGGCAUGCAGUGGUGUAGUGCUGUGUUGGCUAGGCAUUUAGCUAACCAUGUGGACUGCUCUUGUCAUUGUUAAAUUAUUACUUAGCAUCCUGUAUCGCUAUAGAACUUUCCAUGUCACAUCUUCUGUGGUCAUUGCAAAGGCUCUAGUGCUGUAGGAGUCUCUAUAGUGGUGUAGAUAAACGACGGAGUUUUUGGGGCUCUGAAACAACGCUGCCAUGUGAGGAUGACGCCCUAUGGAAAGGACAGGGGUGGAGGUCCACACACACAGCGUAUCCCUCAAUGGGUGCUCCCUCCCAAAGUGCUGUGAAUCAAAUGACCUUUUGUCUCUUCCUGUUGAAUUAAUGUAGACCAGAGGAAAUUAAAACUAUAUCCAACAGUAGGCUGUUUUCCUUCUUUUAACAAAGUUAAAUGAAAUAUGGAGGUCACUUGUGUGUGUGUGUGUUUUUUUUUCAAGUGUAGGCUAUAUAAUGUUUCAACAUAGAGUUCAGUGAAUAAGUCAGUGCUUUCUUGUAAUUUAAAUUGUAAAUAAACUUUUUUAAAUGAA